UAGUCCACGGUGCGUAGUCAGACAUGAGCACCCCAACUGCGCCCAGGAUGGUGACCCGCUGCAUGAGCCGCUCCUCUGGGCAGCAGCUUUUCACAGAGGAUAAGCUUCCACCAUCCCUUGGUAAACAGGCCAGCUCAGGGAAAAAGGAAACACCAAAACCCCCGAGAAGACAACGGAAGGUGAAACUGGAGAUGGCCUACGAGUCUUUGGAUAGAGAUGGAGAUGCAGAUAAUGAUGAUGGCACUCCCAAGAAACCCAAGUGGGAACCCCCAAACUGGAGACUCCAGCUAGAGAAUAUCCGAGAAAUGAGGAAGUCAAAAGAUGCUCCUGUCGAUCACAUGGGAGCCGAGAAGUGUUAUGACCAAAGUGCUCCUCCGGAGGUGAUGAGAUACCAAGUACUACUGUCACUGAUGCUUUCCAGCCAGACCAAAGACCAGGUCACAGCAGCUGCCAUGCGGCGGCUUAGAGAGAGAGGCCUGACUCUAGACAGCAUCUUGCAGAUGGAUGAUAAUACCCUGGGUCAACUCAUCUACCCAGUUGGCUUCUGGAGGAGCAAAGUGCAGUACAUAAAGCAGACAAGCAAGAUCCUGAAGCAGCAAUAUGGGGGCGACAUCCCAGCCACUGUGGCAGAGCUGGUGGCACUUCCUGGCGUUGGACCCAAGAUGGCGCACUUGGCCAUGGCCAUUGCCUGGGACAAGGUGUCAGGCAUUGCAGUGGACACACAUGUACACAGGAUCAGCAACAGACUGAAAUGGACCAAGAAGGAGACCAAGUACCCUGAGGAAACCAGAGCUGCCCUGGAGGACUGGCUGCCAAGGGAUCUGUGGAAGGAGAUUAACUGGCUGAUGGUGGGCUUUGGCCAGCAGACCUGCCUGCCAGUGAACCCUCGGUGUGGGGACUGCCUCAACGGAGGCUUGUGCCCAGCAGCACAGAGGCCUUGAAGAAGGCUGCAGCAAAGACCCCGGAGGUACAGGGGUCAGAUGGACAGCCAGCCAGUGUUGGAAUUCCCGUCAAGUGCCUAAGACUUGUACCCACAUUGGGUCUGUUUAAUAAAGUUUGGUGUUCUUUUGUGA